GCAGAUCAACUAGAUCAAACAUGGAUUCUGUUGUCGCCUUUUUACGUAGUUUGUGGGCGACCCGAUCAUGGAUUAUCCUCGUUCUAGCUUUUUUUUUGCCGUAUGAGUUAAUUGCCAUAGGAACGCCUGAGGCACGAUGUGCUUACGUCAUCAUUGUAGUGGCCAUCUUGUGGGUGACGGAAGCAUUGCCUAUCGCUGUCACGGCUCUGAUGCCAAUAUUUCUUCUUCCUAUGCUGGGGGUGCAAAGAGGUCAGGACGUCUCCAAGAACUAUGUGAACGAUACCAGCACCCUCUUCCUCGGGGGACUAUUCAUAGCUGCAGCCAUGGAAGAAGUUAAUCUUCACCGACGAAUUGCUGUGGGCGUGAUGCGCGUGCUGGGGUCAAGGAUCAACACGCUGAUGCUGGGUCUGAUGCUGCCCACGUGGUUCCUAUCCAUGUGGAUCAGCAACACCGCAGCCACCUCCAUGAUGCUCCCAAUCCUCGUGGCAGUCACGGAGCAAAUGGAGCGAAUGGAGAAACUGGACCAUGAGCAUCACGGUGACACGGAGGAUGCUGAGGAAAAAAAGAACGGGGUGGCCAGUGUGGAGGCCGUUACCAUGGAGAUGGACGAAAGCUCCAUCCUCAGAAAGAAGAGCCCGGAGUUAAAGAGGAUGUCUAAGGGUUUCGCACUCUGCGUGGCCUACGGGGCAAACAUCGGUGGGAUAGCCACUCUCACUGGGACCCCGCCAAACCUGGUGCUCCAGGGUCAGGCCGACAUUUUCUAUGCCAAAUACGGCAAGUCUUCGUCCGGCAUUACGUACGUAAACUGGCUGGCCUUCGCUUUCCCGAUGUCUCUUCUUCUACUCGUCCUGGCGUGGUUGUAUCUCCAGGUUGUAUUCCUCCGCCAAAAAUGCUGUCAGGGCACGGAAUCGGCCAGAAAGAAAGCAAUUCAGUCUGCUGUCCUUAAGGAAUGGAGAGCUCUCGGAAGAAUUAGGUUCGCCGAGGUGGAGGUAUUGGUGCUGUUCUGUGUUCUAGCAUUGUUGUGGAUAUUCCGAAACAUUCCGAAUGUAGGAGGGUGGGGAGAGCUCUUCAAAGAUGCAAAGACAGGGAAAGUCUCCACUGCACGUGAUUCUACGGCAUCCAUCCUCGUUGCAUGUCUUCUGUUCAUUCUUCCCAGAGAGGUUCCGAAUGUCUUUUGUUGGUUCAAACCAUCAGAAACCAAUCCCAAACCUGGUUUCACACCCAUUUUGUCCUGGCGGGUGGCCCAGGAUAAAGUCUCGUGGGGCGUGAUUAUACUGUUGGGUGGUGGAUUCGCACUGGCUGAUGCUGCCACGAAAUCCGGGCUGUCCUCAUGGAUUGGGUGUAAACUGACUGUGUUUGAUUUCCUGGAUCCGUGGGUCAUGAAUCUGUUAGUGUGUCUGAUCAUCGCUGGCAUUACAGAGAUCACCAGUAACACGGCCAUAGCAUCGCUUGCCAUGCCGAUCAUGUUCGAAUUGGCUAUCUCGGUGGGAAUGCACCCGCUCUACCUGAUGAUUUCGACGGCCGUUGCUACGUCAUUUGCCUUCUGUCUUCCGGUGGCCACGCCCCCCAAUGCCAUCGUCUUCAGCACGGGAUUUGUUACCAUUCCAUAUAUGGGUAUUGUUGGAAUUCCAAUGAACAUCCUGGCUAUUUUGGUCCUGACUUUGGCAGUCAACACCUGGGGCAAGGCCAUCUUUGAUCUGGAUAACGUUCCCGCCAUCUUUACAUCCGGCUCUUUGGAAGGUGUCUGCAGAGCAGUUGUCACGACAACGCUGGCUCCCAACAUUACCACGACAAGUCUAUCCACCACCCCUUGAGUGGGUGCCCCCCCCCCCCCCCCCAUUUUUUUUUAGUGACAACUGUAUAACAAUCGCGGACCAAUGACUUUCAGCGAAACUGGUUUCGGGGUCUUAAAUAAUUUGGAGAGUUCGCUUUUGAUCUCAUUCUUACUUUUACCAGAAGAAUAUAUAAUCCAGACUUGAAGCAAGACAGAACAAAUUAAGCUCGUCUGAGUAUUUCUGGCUAUAUGGCCUGAUGACGCUGCUAUUGGCUAACCUAAUGCGUGUUCAGCAGAGAGAGCGCUCGUGAGCGCUUGCCAAAAUUUUUGUUGAGGGUGAAGGGAAAUUUGGCGAGCGGUCGCUCUGUUGAACACGCCUCUCGUUUCAAACACUGAUAUACCGUGAGCACAGUGCGUCACCUGUAUCGCUACGUGUAACCUAGAUAAUCGUUAUAUUGCAUACCACUCUAUAGUACAUGGCAUCGUCGGAAACCCACGGUCGGUCUCGCUUUUCUUGCAUAAGAGAAAAGGUCAGAGAAGCGAGACCGACCGUGGGUUUCCGACGAUGUAGUACAUGGAUGCUAAACGCAAGGCAAUGCAUAGAAAUUCUUAUUACAUAACGGUACAUUAAUCAAAUAUCAUAUCUAUUGUUUAUAUACUUCUAUUUCGACCUUUAAACAACACAUUUACAUGUUUUUUAUUAUGGGACAUACAUUUUAUUUCGUAUACCUCGGCUCACAUGUAUUAUUACAUCAUUUGUUCAAGUACUGUUUAUUUGUGCUAUGUGUAUUCAACCUAUAAACAGCCAUUCUACAUGUAUAAUACUAUUUCGUUUUUAUAAGUGAAUUUUAAGCUUGUACUGUUUGUUUUCUAACACCCUCUGUUCCUAAUGGUAGGUUUACAAUGUUCCGUUGCAUGUAACAAAAAGUUCUUUUUAAAGGGACUUUGACAGGAUUUGAGAUCACUGAAAAUUUGAUUUUUAUUUUUUAUGUAUAAAAUUGUUUACUGAUGCAUUUUAAAUGAUUGCCCAAAAUACUGAAUGUUAAAGUCAAGUUACAAGUGAGAUACAGAGGUAAUAUUAAGAGUUGGUUGUUAUGUAAACAAAGCUCGAGUCUAAUAGUUAUUUACAAAAAAAAUGUAAGAUAGAGAACUACCAUUUCUUAGACAAAAUGACGUGUAAAAACAAUUUAAACUCAAUAUCUUCAUAAAUACUAUUAUCAACAAAAGAAAGAUAUAUAUUUGAUUGAAACUUACACCAAUACAACACAUAUGUAAAUCAAAGUACUGAGAGUACUGAAAGACGGGGUCUUGAA